UUAUAAUUCUUCUAUAUUAUUUUAAAUCUGUUUUACCGAAUGUACUAAUGGUUAUGACAAAUUCUUCGGUGGAAUAUAAAUUACCUUAUAAAAUAAAACCGUUAUUAAAGCCGCACGAUGCAAAAAGUUAUGCUUUUGGUUGCAUACAUGAAUUCUUACGUACAAUAAUGGUCAUUUCCGGAUACGUCGGAACUGAUUGUUUGGUGACUUGUGCCGGUUUUCAUCUUACCGGUCAAUUAGCAAUAUUUAACUUUAGAGUGAAGGAUGUUUUAAAUGAUUCUUAUGGUUCACGACGUGGAAUUCAGAAAAUUGUUCUUCGACAUCAUCGUAUAAUAAGAUUAGCGGAUAUAUUAGAGGAUAGUUUUAACAUUGUUAUUGGUCAACAAUUAUUAGGGACAACGGUACAACUUUGUAUAUCGAGUUAUCAAAUGCUCUCUAGUUUUGCAGUCGUCGAAAGAGCAGGUAUAAUAACAUUUGUUAUGUAUGAGUGUCUUUUAUUGAGCACAUUGUUUGCUUAUUGCUAUAUGGGAGAAUGUCUCCUCGAAGAAAGCAUGAACUUGUGCGAAGCGCUUUAUCUUUGCGACUGGUACGAAUUAUCGACGAAAGAUGUGAAAUCCAUUUGCAUUUGCAUGAUUCGUGCUAGAAAACCAUUGCGAUUGACUUGCGCGAAAUUUUGCGUUGUGUCAUUACGCACGUUUACCGACAUUGUAAAUACAUCGAUGGCGUACUUGUCAUUCUUACGGAAAGUUACUUAAACGAAACUUUUAAACAAUUCGUCGUGAAAUUAACCUACUAACUGUUUGGCUUAAUUUAUAAGAAAAAUUGCAAUAAUAAAAUUUGAAAAAUACUUACGUACAAUUUUUAUGCUCCACACUGAAGUGGAAUCGACUACAUCAUCGAGUUAUACUUUGUACCAGGUUGACAGUAUAAUUCGUGUGACGAGGACUUCCAAAAUUCAAUGAAUCUGUUCGAUUAAUUGCUUUAUGGUUUGAAUACUCAGUUUCCACUAAGUCUUUGCUGUAUAUAGGUCCAAAUAUU